GCCAACUCAAUAAACCGGGUAGAGAGUGGAACACAUUUGGAGAAAAAAAAGGGGCCUUACGACGUCGACUUUUGAUGACCUCUGUGAUUUAUAUUAGUCGUCAGCUUACCUAGUUCAUCGACCCUCCCCUAUUUCCUCGCGUCGGGUUCAUGAUCGACAUUGAACACACCGAGACGCUGUGAGGAAAAUAUCUUGGUCGAAUUCCAUCAAUAUUGCUCCUACCGUAUCGACAUCCUCCACUGCCGAUUGCUUUACCCACCACCCUUCUCUCCGUCUUGGAGCAGACAGAUUGAGAUCCUGUCAUCAAUAUGGAUCUCUUCCGGCGGGCGUACAAGCGCGUCCCAACUUCAGCGCCCCAGCUACCUACCGAUGACGAAAAGGCGAGACCUGCCCGACCGAAUAGGUUUCUGUCGCGCCUCGCUUUCUUCAGACGACCUCUCAGAUUGAAGGGCAACUCUAGCAUAUCUGUGCCGCUGGGAGUGGUGGUCCUGUUUCCAUGCAUCGUUCUUAUCCUGAUGCUGGUACUGUUUGUCAGACACCCAAGCUCGCCAGGCAGGAUACUGAUGCCCGCUGGCGCUCCUCCGGCCAUCCGAAAGAUCAGUGAAGAGCACGACAAGGUGUUCUUUACGGGCUGCCUCGAGCCUGACACGUCCAAGCCCAAGGCCAAUGCUGCCUUCGUGGUACUUGCGCGAAACAAGGAGCUGGAUGGUGUAAUCCAGUCGGUCAAGUCGAUUGAACGCCACUUCAACCGCUGGUACCACUAUCCGUACGUCUUUUUGAACGAUGGCGAGUUCAAUCAAACUUUCAAGGAUGUCAUUCGCAACUACACUUCGGCCCCCGUCGAGUUUGGCACGGUUGGUCCAGAGAUGUGGGGUUACCCUGAGUGGAUUGACCCCAAGGUCGCCAAGGAAGGCAUCGCGAAGCAGGGAGAUGCGGCUGUCAUGUAUGGUGGCCUCGAAAGCUACCAUGCCAUGUGCCGGUUCUACUCUGGAUUCUUCUACAAGCACCCGCUCCUUGCCAAAUACGAGUGGUACUGGCGCUUGGAGCCCGAGAUCAAGUACUUCUGUGACAUCACGUACGACCCCUUCCUCGAGAUGAUUGCGGCUAAUAAGACCUAUGGUUUCACCAUCGCCGUCAAGGAACUUCGCGAGACUGUUCCAAACAUUUUCCGCUAUGCUUCUGCAUACAAGCGUAUGAAGAACAUCUCCUCGCAGGGAUUGUGGGAAAUGUUUGUGGAUCCCAUCGAGAAGCCCAAGGAAGAGGUGCCAGAAGACGAUCCCAACUACAAGCCGCCCUUGCCUGAGGAGAUCUUGCGCAGCGACCCCGGUCGCAACAGCCUGCCUGAGAUUGACCCCGAGGCCAUGGAGGGCGAGUCAUACAAUAUGUGCCAUUUCUGGUCAAACUUUGAGAUUGCCCGACUCAGCUGGUUCCGCAGCAAGGAGUAUGAGGACUUCUUUGAGAUGAUGGAUCGAAGUGGAGGGUUUUGGAUGGAAAGAUGGGGUGACGCUCCCAUCCACUCUCUCGCGGCCGGUGCGCUCCUUGCACCUCGCGAUAUUCACUACUUCCGAGAUUUCGGUUACCGGCACACGACCAUUCAGCAUUGCCCUGCCAACGCGCCGGCCCGCCAGCUUCCCCGCGAACCCUUCCUGGAGAAGACAACCACCGACCCAAAGAAGCGACAGGAAGAAGAUGAGUACUGGGAGCAGUGGGAUGCAGAAAAAGAGAACGGUGUUGGGUGUCGCUGCCGCUGCGACACGGACAUUGUAGAUGUCGAGGGCAAGGAAGGGUCCUGCUUGGCCGAAUGGGUCGACGUAGCUGGUGGAUGGGCCAGCCCAUAGACGGUUGGAAGACUUGGUGAAUGUCACCAGAACGAGACAUGAAUCCACGCAUACGUCCCCUCUUAUUCAAUUGUUUCAGCCACAUAUCCCCCCUGGAUCUUCAUGAAAUUCCUCCUCG